UACGUACUCGUCGGGCGCGCAGCCACCUCAUACAGUAAAUAGUAAUAUUACUCACUCUGUGAUCCACCGUCGCCGCGCCACCGGUCACCGGCCACCGCUUGUUGUUCGUUCGCUGAAUGCCGAUCACCAUUCUCCGACCUCCGUUCACUGAUCAGUCGACGGUCGUCAACACUAGUCGGUGGCUUCUCUCUUCUCCGGUUGUUCGUUUGCCGCGAUCGCGUAUCUAUUUUAAAGCGAACCGCCGUUCGUUUUUUCGAGUCUCAUCGGUCCGGUCGCCCUCUCAAUUCGCGUUUUCUCCACGGCUCAACCACAGGUGCAGCAGUCAGCCACACGAUACCAUUGUUGGACGACGUAGAUAGACUACACCGCAACAUUUAACAGCGACGUUACGCGGACUUGCAGAUAACAACCAACAACAACAGGAGCCUACAUCUCCACCAUGGCAUCUUCGGUUUGUUCGUAUUACAUGAGAGGAUCAUGCCGGUUUGGCAACCGUUGCUGGAACUCGCACGAUCUGGGAUUAGUCCGCACCGACAGCCCGUUUCGUAUGGACGAGGUGGAUACUUCAGAUGAAGAAAUCCACUUUGUUAUCGGAGCAAGAAGAGAAACUACUCCAAUGACUGCUUCACCAAGUAGUAGUGCUUCUAGGCCUAGACAACGAAAUCAAGUUCUACCAGAUUCAGCAAAUAAGCCAUUGGAAACUACUGAAACUGCAUCAUCUGCAUCUAAAGAUAAAUGGUGCCUAAAAAAUAUUAAUACCGGAGAGACAAGAUCAGGUUCACCCGAUAGUGUGCUGGUAGAAACUGUAAAAAAAUUAAAUGAAGCUGACAAUUUGGUAGUAUCACUUCGUCAACAGCUGCGUGUUAAGAAUGAGGGAGACAAUUUCUCUUGGAUUGAACAUCAAAUGGAGCAAUGUCUUGAAAGUGAUCUACAAUGUAAUAUAUGCUAUGAAAUGUUCAUCAAGCCGACUGUGCUUAAUUGCUCUCAUACAUUUUGUCAUGAAUGCAUAGAGUCAUGGACCCGAAGAGUUAAUCACUGUCCAACAUGUCGAGUUUAUGUAAAAAAUAAAUCAUACUGUCUAACUUUAGACACCUAUUUGGACAAAAUAGCCGACUGUUUACCGGAUGAAAUAAAAACAAGGCGGGAAACGUUAAAAGUCGAACGCAACAAUAAUAGAGUAGAGGUUAAUAGAAGUCGAAGAAAUAAUGCAAGGAGAAGAAACCAUAGAAAUCAGUCCAUGCGUCGAACAUUAGGUGUAUUAUGGGGUGAACGUGACCGAGAUGGUGCUGAAUGGAAUAUUGCGCUGGAAGAAGCAUUAUUUGAUCCAAUACGUUUAGGCGAUGUAAUUGGUAGAAAUAGAGAUGAUAGGGAUGACUGGGAUGAUGAAUUGUCUGAUAGCACCUUAGACAGUCUUGAGUACUUUUGCUCUUAUUGUGACAAUAUGGGACACUCAGCGUCCAACUGCCCCAUAUCCAUAAUGGAGGAGACUGGUGAUAUAUGGUAGAGCUAACUGCUUUUUUCUACUAUCCCGUUAUUUGCUUGCGUUGAAGGCACUUCCUAAUACGCUUUUUUGGGACUAUAUUUAUAUAUAAUUUUUUUUUUUACAUAUAUAUAUUAUAUUAUAAAUAAAAAAUAUAAUAUUUGUAAUGUAACUGUUUUAAUUAUUAGAAGUAGUUUUAUGUCAUAAAUCGGGGUAAACGUGUUUCACUCAUUUUUUCUCAAUUUAUAAUUAUUAAUUGUUAAACUUAAAUGAUCGGUUUAUGAAAUGUAUGUAUAUUUUUUUUUCAUUUAUAUUAUUCAGGUCUUUAUAAUAAUAAUAUAAUAUAAUAUAAAACAAAUAAUUUAAAUAUAUCUUAUAAACAUUAGUAUUACUGCACUACUUUUUCCGUACUUAGUUAUUUAUUUGCUAACAUUUAAAUAUUUGGAACGAAUUUUUUUUUUGUCUAGUAUUUUUUUUCCUAAUCGUUGUUAUUAGAAAUUAUGGAUUAAUAAUACUAUUAUGUAAGGUGAUUAUAUUAUUUAAAUUCAUUUUGUAAAAUUAUUAUAUUUAUUUUCUGAUCGUGAUGCUUAUUAGAUUUGUACACCUAUUCGUAAUUAAAAAAAUAUUAUAUUAUUAUGUUUUUUUACACAUACGACACUUAUAUUAACGAGCACAAAAUUAGCUUUCAAUGGUGGAAAUUAAAUUGUAUGUUAAACACUGCUGAGCUUAUAAAUAUAAUAACACUUGAUAAACUAAU